AUGACCACCGACUCCGACAUGGCGAAGCUCUUCUCGCGCAUCGGCCUUGAUGACACCAAGGCCCUCGAGACCACCAAGAACCCCCAGCUCUCGGCCUGCCUGAAGGACAUGAUCUUCAAGGACCUCGGCAAGCUCAUCUACAAGGCCGCCACUCGCGUGUCCAAGGACCUUGCCCGUCACCAGGACCUCUUCGUCAACUACAUUGUCACCGGCAAGCUCAAGACUUCGCAGCAGCUGGAUGCCGCGUUCGAGUUCAUGGCCACCCAGGCCGUCGAUGCGGUUAUCGACCUGGACGGCUUCGACCUCGCUUGCGGUGUUGGCGUCGUCAUCACCCCGAACCAGAUCGAGGCCGCCGUGGCCGCCGUUCUGAACGCCAACAAGAAGCAGCUCGAUGAGCGCCGCUACCGCGUGCCCGCCGGUCUGUUGAUCUCCCAGAUCCUGACCAAGAUCCGCUGGGCCAACAUGGACCUGGUGACCGCCGAGCUCAACAAGCAGCUCCUGGAGAUGCUCGGCCCCAAGACCGAGGCCGAUCUGGCCGAGCCCAAGAAGCAGGCCAAGGUCAAGAAGCCCAAGCAGCCGGUCGAGAAGGCCGCCGAGGCCGACUCCCCCAAGAUGCGCACCUUCACCGGUGACGUCCUGAAGCUGCACAAGCCCGGUGAGAACCCCCAGAUCGACCCGAAGCUCAUGGAGCAGCACCUCGCCUUCACCAAGGGCAAGGUCUUCACUCGUUUCCCCCCGGAGCCCAACGGUUUCCUGCACAUUGGCCACGCCAAGGCCAUGAACUUCAACUUCCGCUACGCCGAGCUCCACGGUGGCAAUUGCUACCUGCGCUUCGAUGACACCAACCCCGAUGCCGAGGAGCCCAUCUACUUCGAGUCCAUCGAGAAGUGCGUCAACUGGCUCGGCUUCCAGCCCUACAAGGUGACCGCCACCUCGGACUACUUCGAUGAGCUGUGGGACCUGGCCAUCCGCGCCAUCAAGAACGACAAGGCCUACAUUUGCCACCAGACCGCCGAGGAGAUCCACCAGUCGCGCGGUGGCGCCGACAACAAGGGCCCCCGCACGGAGUCCCCCUGGCGCAACCGCCCCAUCGAGGAGAGCCUCAAGCUCUUCCACGACAUGCGCGACGGCAAGUUCGCCCCCGGCGAGGCCACCCUGCGCCUGAAGAUGGACAUGAACAGCGGCAACCCCUACCUCUGGGACCCGGUGGCCUACCGCGUGCUGCACACCCGGCCGCACGUGCGCACCGGCACCAAGUGGAUCGUCUACCCCACCUAUGACUUCUCCCACUGCCUGAUCGACUCCAUCGAGAACAUCUCCCACUCCUUCUGCACCGUGGAGUUCCAGACCGCCCGCGAGUCCUACUACUGGGUGUGCGACGCGGUGGAGGUUUACAAGCCGGUUCAGUGGGAGUACGGCCGCCUGAACAUCACCCAUAUGAUCAUGUCCAAGCGCAAGCUCAACCGCCUGGUGGAUGGUGGCUUUGUCAAUGGCUGGGAUGACCCCCGGCUGCUGACCAUCGAGGGCAUGCGCCGCCGUGGCUACACCCCGGAUGCCAUCAACAACUUCUGCGAGCUGCUCGGCAUCACCACCUCCAACACCAUCGUCGAGAUGGCCCUCCUGGAGAAUGUCGUCCGUGACGACCUGAACAAGCACGCCACUCGCGCGAAGGUCGUUCUCGACCCCAUCAAGGUCAUCAUCACCAACUAUGAGGAGGGCAAGAUCGAGGACAUCUCCUACCCCAAGCUCCCGCACGACGAGUCGGCCGGCAUGAAUGUGGUUCCCUUCUGCCGGACCCUCUUCAUCGAUCGGUCGGACUUCCGCGAGACCUUCAGCUCGCCCGAGGAGCAGGCCAACUUCUUCCGUCUGACCCCCGGCGGGUCGGUCGGCCUGCAGCGCGCGUAUGUCAUCACCUGCGACAAGGUGGUCCACUGCCCGGAGACCGGGGACAUCCAGCACAUCGAGUGCUCGUACAAGCCCAACUCCCUGUCUGCGGACUUCCCCCGCGCCGAGCGCCCCAAGGCCUACAUCCACUGGGUGGCCGACUGCCCGGCUCGCGGGUCGCCCAUCACCAUCGAUGCCCAUCUGUACAGCCCGCUCUUCCAGACCUCCAACCCGGAGGACAACCCUGAGGGUUUCCUGGCCGAUCUGAACCCCGACUCCCUGCAGGUGGUCAAGGGUGCCCUGGCGGACAUUUCCAUCGCCGGUGCCCAGCCCGAGGACAAGUUCCAGUUCGAGCGUGUGGGCUUCUUCUGCCUGGACCGCGAGUCGGCCCCCGUUGGCUCGGGCACCGCCACUCCGGUCUUCAACCGGACCGUCGGCCUGAAGGAGUCCAGCCGCAAGGUUUAAGAGUGGCGGAGCCACAGGCCAAGGCGAUCGGAGGAGAGGGCAGCGCGCGAGGAGGCGCAUAUGCGAAUGAGGGCUGAGGCUUCUUCUUCCCUGUCUAUCUCGCUCUCCCGCUCUCGUUCUCCUUCUUUCUGCUCCUCUUUCCCCCUUUUCUGCUCCCGUGUUCCCCUCCUCCCCCCCCCCCCCCCUGUAAAACAGGCGUUGUGUACAGGUGGAUGUGUGUGCGUGUGUCAGAAAGGGAGGAGAUAGCCAUACCGAGGAGGCGCAUGCGUGUCCCGACUCCUCUGCCCUCUCCCUCUCCCUUCGUGGGUGUGGCCCGGCGUGUGUGUAUGUCUGUGUGUGUCCAUGUGUCUCGCCAGCGAUAUAUAUAUAUAUAUAUAUAUAUCUCCCUCUCGAUCCCUUCUCCUCGCCCUUUUCGGGGUAGGGAUGUCUGCGGAGGGCAGUGCGAGCAUAUACUGUUCCCCUCCGCCACCACCGUGCGCCGCAUAUACGCCUGUCCUUCGCCCCCCUUUUUUUGCCGGGAGGACGGCGGCUUCUCCAACCCCCCCUCCCUCAAUCAUCCAAUACAUAAUGUUGUCACUCAAGA